ACAAAACCCUAGUUUGUUCCUGUCUUCCGUAACGAUUCUAAUUUAAUAACGCUUCAAUUAUUAUUCCAUUCAUUAUUUUUUCUUUUUCUUUUUUUGUCUCUUCUACAUUCCACCUUCUUUGCAGAUUCCCAUUUUUAGCUUCAUUAAUCCGCAGAUUAAUCCAUUAUUAUUAUCAUCUCCAUAUUUACCAUCAACCCAUUCAUUCAUUCAUUCAUUCUUUACUUUAUACGCGUGAAAUUCUUAUAUCUUUUUUCUUAUAAUUCCAUCACCAAAGUAGUAUGAUUGCGAUGUGUCGAUCAUAACAGAUCCACCUGUUUGUUCGUCGUUUUAGAAGCAGAAUCGCUUUCAUCAGAGAUUUGAACUUGUUAAAGGUGAUGGAAAACGGUCGAAAGACACCGAGUGUUAUUGCAAGAUUGAUGGGUAUCGACGAGACGCCAACGCGCCAGCAGCCUGUCUUGGGACAGCAAAGAGUGUUGUCUAAGAAUUAUCUACAGAAAUCUGCUUCUAUAGGAAAGAGGUCAAGAAAAGAUUUACCAAACAGUGUUGUGGGAUCCAAGAAACGGGCGAAUCUGAGAACGAAUAAAGAUUCUUUAUCGAGAGAUUUUGAGCGGAAAAGUUUGUGUUUUGAUGGAAUGCAGGGUGUGAAGUCACCCGUUGUUUUCGGUUUGGAUGAUGAUGGAAAAAAUGGAAAAUUGGCUAAAAAUAUUGUUUUGAGACCAAAUUUAGGAAAUGUACAACGUGUUUCUGGACCGUCGUUUCUACUUGAUUCGCAGAGCGUUUUCGGUUGGGAAGCGAAGAAACAACUAUUGGAGAGACAUAAGAUGAGAAAAGUUUCGCAACAACUUCAACCGGAUUUUAUGAAGACUAUAGGUGUUAAAAACAAAGAAGGUUGGAACCAUGAGCCUGUUGCUAAAUUACCAAUUUUUAAAGGCUUGGACUUUUCUUCUAAUCGGAGCGCAAAAUCUGUCAAAGUGAUUAGAAGUGAUAUGGCUAUAAACACCAAGAAGAAUUUUUUGGUUUCAAAUUUAUCGACCACGUUAGCUCUAAGGUCUGAUGCAGAACCAGAAACCAAAAAUGUUGAAUCUUUUCAUGGUGACACUGAAGACAAAAGCAACGGUUCUAUGAUCGAUGAAUGUUCUUCCGGUUUAUCGGAUCUGUCAUCUGAAGAGGGUUCACCUAUUAGAUCCCAUGAAGAUGACUCGGUAUCUUCGAAUGGUGUGCAUACUGAUGAAGAACAUUCUGAUGGUAAGGUUGAAUCCUACCAGCACAGUCCAAAUUCGGUACUAGAAACACCGUUCAGGGAAGAUAAUUCAUCAAGUUCCGAGUGUUUUGCUAGAGCAAAGUCUGAUCUCCGUGGUCUGUGGAAGCAACUUCAGCUUCUCAAGUCCGAAUCAGAAGAAACCGACAGCAAGCCUGAAGAAAUGGUUACAUCGAGCGACAGUGAAAGAUCUACUUGUACCGAUCAAAACACGAGAUUGUCUGGAUCCAAAGAAAGUCGGGACUUUUCAUACCUGGUAGAUGUACUAAACGAAUCGGGGUUCCAAGAUGGGAACAUAGAGACAUGCUUUAAAAGAUGGCAUUCUGCAGAAUGUAUGACAGGUCCUUCGGUUUUUGAAGCAUUAGAGAAGAAAUACGGGAAGCAAGAGUUAUGGCAUAAAGCGGAAAGGAGGCUUCUGUUUGACCGUAUAAAUUCAGGGAUGACGGAAAUUGUGAGGCCACGGGUGGACAUUAGAGUUUGCGCGAAGCCUUUGAGAAGAAAGAUGCGAAGUAUGUCGAGGAGAGAUGUUAUUGAGGAAGAACUGUCUGCAUUGUUACGCAGUCAAGAAAAAGGAGUCGACGAUGGGGUGUCUGAGAAGGCUGUCGGAAGAGGGUUGUGGUUUGAUCCGGUGGACGAGUUGGAUUCUCUUGUGACAGAGAUUGAAAUCUUUCUGUUUGAUAAGUUGGCAGGGGAGUUGGUCUCUGCUUAAAAAGUCCGGUUAAUGGAUGGGUUGAGUAUGGGUCAAAUGGUUCGGGUCAAAACGGGCUUUUUUUAAUGGGUCCAAGUUGGUUGGGUAGGAUGGUCCGACCAAUCAACGCAUUUUUAUUCAAUUUUUAUAGAUUAUUAAAAAAAUUAAUAAAUUGUUUUAUAAGUUUUAAGCGUGUGACUUCCGUUCCGCUUGACCACGUUGACCCAUUUGAGUUUUUACUUGUUUUCGUUUUAUUUUAAGUUUGAGGGUUCUUGUUAGGGAUAAAACAGAAUAUAGAAAGUCGACCCAUUUUAGGUAAAUGGGUCAAAAUUACCAUCUCUAUUGUGUUUAUUUUUUCGUUAAAGAUAGAUAUAAAAAGUGAGGUCGCGAUUGAUUUUUUGUAUAGUUUGGCAGUGUAGCAAUACAAUUGUGUUUGUUUUU